UCAGUGCGAAAUUCACCGAAAAGCUCAUCGUCGUCAUUACCGAUUGUUUGCGGGACGAAUAAUGCGAAUGGUAACAAUAACAAAUUAUCAAUGAAACAACAAAAAUUACCUUCAUCCUCAUUGCAAUCGUCCUCAUCGAUGAAUCAAAUCAGUCAGAGUCACAGUCCAAAAACUGCUUCCAUAAGUAAAUCUCAGUCAGCAGCACCAACCCCAACACCCAACUCCACUUCCAGUAAACCUCCAUCGCCACCACUAUCAUUAUCAUUAUCAUCAACUCCCGCUAAUAUCGAUACUAAAACCUCUACGUCGAAUGCACUGUUGACCACAACUGCUGUUGAUGCAGCCAAAGACAGCACUAACUGUAAUAGUAAUAACAAGACAUCCACAACUAAGAUUACUACUACUCCAAGUUCAUCAACAACAGCAAAGACCGAGCAGAAUAAUGCUCCAUCUUCUUCGUCAACAACAAGUCAACAACAAUCACAUCAACCGAAAAGUCGACGGAAGUCGACGCCUAGAGCCAAGAAGGAUCCUCAUCAUGCUCAUGGCGCGGAUGAUUCGUCAAGGAAUAAAGGUGUUGGUUCAUCCACAAUGCAGACAGCAUCAAUACCGUCAUUAGGUGUCACUCAAAACGUUCACCCUCAAGCAACACCAUUAAUGUUAACUUCUGCACCGAGCGGUCCGAUAAUGUUAGUGCAUCACAAUGGACAAUGCUUCAUGGUACCGGCAGCGCAAUACUUCAGCACAACAAAUCAACAAAUGAACGCCGCGAUUCGAAUGAGUACCCCACAGCAACAACAGCAAUCUCAAGUUCCAAUCCAGUCUCAGCAUCAGCAACAAGCCCAACAAUUAGUGCGUUCCAACAUGGUAUCAAGCAAUUCGACUGCCACUCUUGGUCAGUUGGCCCGCAGCUUGGCCCCGAAGCCUGCAUCAUCAACAUCAGCAUCAUCAUCAGCACAAGCGUCGUUAUCGAACACUAGUGGUACGUGUGGCAAUGCGAGUACAUUCAUUCAGUCGAACUCAUCCAGUCUUAAUCAGUCUUCAUCGUCAACAAAUAAUCACGUAACUAUUACCACACCGCAGCACGUCUCUUCUGCGCGAUUCGUCAGCGAUUUAUCUAAUUUUAAUGCUAAUCCACAGCAACAACAACAACAAGCUAUCUUUCAACAAGGGAUUCAGAUUCGUGCCACAGCUCCGGUCAGUGCAGGGAGUACACCAGGGAUUGUGCUUCAGAUGCCGAAUGGAGCUUAUACAUAUGUACAACAAGUGGUCGCCCCGAGUCAGCAGCAAGCAGCAGCAGCAGCAACACAAUUGCCGACAACAUCCCCCUCGAUAACCCAGUCAUUAACGCAUUCAACCACAAUUUCCUCUCCCACUACCAUAUCAACGUGCUCACUACCCACCACCACCACUCAAACUACUUCAACUUCAAAUAAAAAUAAUAAUGAUAAGCAAAAUCCCAGUCAACCAACCAUCACCACACCGUUAUCACCCUCGUCAACUCCAAGCCAUCAAAAACAACAACAAACAGCUGAUGAAGGAACGAUAUCUUCAACGAUAUCAUCUGUAUUAUCAUCGACGGCAAAUGCUUCAAAUCUGAUGUCAUCCGUCUUCAGCUCGUCCCAUGCUAGUAAUAAUAAAGCAUCAUCUCGAAAUAAUUCGAAGCAUCAUUCUGCAAGUUCCAAGAAUAAGUCAUCCGCUAAUCAUCAGUCGAAUCCCAAAGGGGUGUCACUCUCCUCAGCUAUAAUGUUUCCAGCAGUCGUUACAAGUGGUGUAUCGACGAUCAGUCCGUCGAAUCUGGUACCAAUCGGUGCGCCAAUGCCCAUGAUGGUAAUGUCAGCGACAGGUAUAUCAGCACAACAACUCAGCACUGCAUUCGGCACACCCACUCUACCGAUAAUGGGUAGCAAUGGUCAAAUAAUUGCCCAUCAACCACUCAUAUCAACCAACUCCAUAUCGAACACACAUCAAAUGAUUCCUAUGUUACAACAACAACAGAUGAACACCAUCAAUCAACAACAGCACAUGCGAUUCUAUAAUUUAUCGUCGUCAUUUAAUAAUAAUGCUAACAUUAACAAUAAUAGUGCAAAUGCGAUCACCACUCAGAUGCAACAAGUCAAAUCCAACGUAACAACUGCACCAGCAGUCACAACAACCCAUCUUACAGCAUCUUCUUCCGAAGCUGCAACAACAUCACCACCAACUAAAAACGACUCACCAAAAACUUCACAAACGAAUGCAACAAAUCCAAAGAAACGUCAUUCUGCCAGUGAAGAUAGCACAACGCAGCAAACGAUCGACACAAGUGCUGAGAAUGAGCCACCGCCAUUGCUCGUCCAAGGUGAAUGCAAAGACGCAUUAGACGUUCAUGUACUGUUCAUGAAAGAAGCGGAUCGUUACGCUCGAAAAGUUGGCAGAAAAGGAAAAAUAAUUCAUUUGAUCGAAGGAUUCGAAAUUGAGGAAUCAGAUGAGCCAUUCGAUUGUGACGAUACGGCGAUGAUGCGCAUUGAAGAUUGUGUUCCGACUGAAUUGUUGGACAGAAUUCGAUUGAGUCGAUCACCCGAAUCGUGCAAGAAAACGCCAUCAAAUAGCAUCCAACAGCAAGAAUGUCAAACUGCUUUAAAGAACGAGAAGAAAACGUCACAAAAGGCAUCGGUCGGUAGUGGUAAUAAAAUUGCUGAGGCAGCGACUGGCAGAAAAGCGAGAAAUAAUACACCGUCAUCAUCGGCAAAAGAAGAGUUAUCACUGAGUGACACAUCACCGAUAUCCAACACAACAUCAGCACCACCCCAAAAAGAAAAGAAAAAACGAAAGCGUAAAACCAACGAGAACAAGAAUUGUGAAAGUUCGAUUGAAAAACCGUCGUCAUCAUCAUCAGUUAGUAAUGCAGAAGAAAGGAGCACAUCUCCAUGCAAGAAGUCGACUGCUGUUCCGUGCACACAGCAACGAGUUGAUGAUGCUAAUGAUGAUGAAAAGAAGAAGAAGAAACAUCACACGCCAUCAUCACAAACACAGAAACGAUGCGGAUUGGUGGUGGGAAUGCGAUCUGGUGCUUCUCCUCCCAGCGGUGUUCCACUCGCAUCCUCCUCUCCACUUGAUUCAGAAGCAACACAACAAAAACAUCAUUUGCAGACAUUGAAUGACGAAUCGACAACGUCUGUGAACGAUCUAUCGUUGAAUUCAUCGAAAGGAAUCGAAUCAGGAGGAGACGGAAUGCAGAUGAAUAUUAGUAAUAAUAGUAAUACGUCAAUGAGAGCGUUAAAAACGAGUGUGUCAGAUGAAGAAUUGGAUACGGAACGAUGUAAUUAUUGUAACGGUUUGUUGAGAUUGAAACGUUGUGAUAAUCAUCCGCAAUAUUGCUCAAAGAAGUGUCGAAAAUUAUGGAAGAAAAGUGCAGCGCUUGUUGAAGAUCAAGGACUAAAUGAUAAUGGUACCGUAUCGGGAAUACCUGGAUUGUCGCCUCCUCAACAAUGCAACUCAGGAAUCACAUCCGCAAAGUCAUCGCCAACAAAGGAUUUAUCAGUGACAGUCGUUUCGUCCGUACCACUUCAACGAAGUUUCAGUACACCAAAUACGUUCGCAUCGAUUCCAUUAGCAAUUCCAACAUCUGCAGACGACAACAAUCAAAGGUCGUCGCCACCGCCAACUACACUCACACUGAAAAAGGUAUCACCGAAACAAGCUGAAAUUGUGAAAUCGCCUCGAACGAUGUCAUCUUCUCAUGAAGUUAUCACCGCCGAUAAUACUAGUAAUGAUAACAAUUCACCGGCUAAAAAUAACACUUCGUCACCGUCGUUGGGGUGUGCAUCGAUGCCAAAUAUGUCAAGCACAAGCUCUAGCAGUGACCCGUCACCCUAUUAUCAUCAAAAUCAACAAUAUUAUCAUGCUCAACUUCAUGUUUCUUCGUCUUCUUCUCAAGCACACAGUUUAUUGACUGUCUGCAACAAAUCAAGUGCUACAUCAGCACUAAUAACGGCAACACCAGCAAUAACAACAACAACCUCACCGUCCAUCCACUCAUCUCACCUUCCUUAUCAUAUCACCAGCACUAAUCAGACUGCAAUUUCUACUCAUCAGAAUGUGCACUCCUCUUCCACUUCUCAUAAUAACGACAGUAACGUUGCAUGUGCCACGAGCACCGCCAUCGAAAAGUGUCAGUCGCAAUCGUCACCUUCACAACUUCAUUUCAUGCAAAAACCAGCCAGAACGUGGACGUGCGAAGAGGUAGCAAAAUGGGUGGCUGCAGUGACUGGAUCGGAGGAUUGUGCGGGAACGUUUCAUAGUCAGGAUAUCGACGGACAGUCAUUACUGCUACUCGCCGAAAAUCCACAUCACAAUCUGGGUACUCUUCUCGGCCUGAAACUUGGCCCGGUUGUGAAGAUCCAAAAUGCACUCCGAGAAUUAGCGGCUAAGAGUAUAAAUGCUGCAUAA